AUACAUUCGUCAUCAUAAUUUACCUUGUUGUGUGAAGAAGCGGCAUUUUGGGCACAAAAUAUUUUUUUCUAAAAAUAGUCAUCUUUCAGAUCAUUUUUACUUUAUUAAGCAAGUACGUAUCGAAAAUGAACGCGUGUCCAUCAGCUGUGUGAAUCAUUCUGAGGAAGUGUUUUGUUUGACUAAAAGUUUCAUCUUUUUGGGUGUUUGAAAGAUAGUUUAUUUUGCUUCAUUCAGUUCCAAUUCAGCCACAAUGCAUGUGCCAUACAUGAAGGUUGCGAUAUAUACGCUUACCUUUUUGACCUACGCUUACACCGGAUAUGGAUCCAACAUGUUGGCCAGCUUGCGCGACGCAAUGAUCGCUGCCGAAGCAGUUUUCGGAGAUGUUCUAAAGAACGUAGUUUAUGUUGCAAGGAAGUUUAAAGUUGUGCACGAAGUGUUCGACGCUGCGGUAGAAGAGACUUGCGUGUACCAGUGUCCUGGAGGAGGUGGGACGCCAUCGAAAAACAAAUUCUACAUCCCGCAAUCGGAUGGUUGCGGUUCGCUGGGACUAAAGAUUGACAGCGAGUAUCUGCCGGCAGCUGAGAUGGAAACUUGCUGCAACGCUCACGAUAUAUGCUACGAUACCUGCAGUAGCGAUAAAGAACUGUGCGAUUUGGAUUUUAAGCGAUGUCUGUACAAGUACUGCGAUGCGUACGAGAAAAACGUCGUCAGCGAUUUGGUUGUAAAGGGUUGCAAAGCUGCAGCCAAAAUGCUUUUCACGGGUACACUAACGCUCGGCUGUAAGUCAUAUUUGGAUUCUCAGGCGAGGUGCUGCUAUUGCCCUCCGCCGAAGCCAGAUAAGGCCUAUGAAAAAUCGGACAAAGGUUACGACAAAGCGUACGAAAAAUCCGACAAAGGCUAUGAUAAAGCGUACGAAAGAUCCGAUAAGUAUCCUGAUAAGGGUAACAAGGAAAAGGACAAGGGUAAAGACUACAAGAAUAGCGGAAAGUACGGUUGGAAGCAGGACCUUUAAAGUAGAACUGGACGGGUGGAAUAUCGAAGUGAUACCUAGUUUGUGUUAUAGAUAUAUAAGAAAACGGUUUUCGAUUGAAUAAACGACAUCCUGCAGGCUUGGAUUUAAU